AUGGAACGCAUCUUGCAAGUCUUCCAGAAUAAACUCACCUGCUCCAUCUGCAGGAACUACUUCGUAGACCCCAUCACCAUAGACUGUGGGCACAGCUUUUGCAGGCCCUGUUUCGACCUUAACUGGCAGAAUACGUCAGUCCUUGCUUACUGCUCUGAAUGCCAGAAAGCAAUCCAGCAGAAAGUCUUUAAAACAAAUGUCACUCUCAAGCAACUUGUUCUCAUUGUCAGAAAAACCAGUCUGUGGCAAUUCCUGCACUCUGUGGAAAAUGAGUGUAGGAUACACAUGAAGGCAAAGCAGAUCUUCUGUGAGGACCAGAGGAGCCUGCUCUGUUUGCACUGCUCUACCUCCCAGGGGCAUGAGGCUCACAGACACUGUUAUGUAGAAGAGGCGGUUGAGGAACACAGAGAGAAACUCCUCAAUACAAUGUGCUCUUUAUGGCAGAAAUGUUGUGAAAAUGACAGAAAGCUGAAUGUGGAAACUGUCACAACCAGAACUUGGGCGACUUAUGUGAUCUCAAAGGGGAGAGCGGUCAGAGCUGUAUAUGAAAAUCUGCCUCCAGUUUUCUAUCUGGAAAGGCAAUAUUACAUAGAGAAACUGAUAAGGGAAGGCAAGGAGAUUUUUGAACAACUCAAGUGCAAUAAAGCCAGGAUGGAACACAAGAGGGAGCUUUUAAGAGGAAUGCAUACAGAGCUGAAGGAAAUGUGCCAUAAACCAGAUGUAGAGCUGCUCCUGCAUUUUGGAGACAUAUUGCACAGGAGUGAGGCAGCGUGUAUGCACAUGCCCCAGCCUCUGAAACCAGAGCUCACUGUAGGGACCAUCACGAGGCUGAUUGAAACUUUUAACUUCUUCAAAGUGAUUAUCACUCUGCAGCAUGGAAGUACUCCUGGUCAUGUCUUCCUACAAGGAGAUUUGAUAAACUUGAGUGUUGGAUGUGGUCCUCAAGGUGCACCAUGUACCUCUCCACUAUCUGAGUGUUUUCUUUUCAGGGAUGCUCAGACUUUUACCUCUGGGAGACAUUACUGGGAGAUAGAAGUGGGAGACACUUGGAAUUGGGCUUUAGGAGUCUCUUGUGAUGAUUGGAUAGAGGAGAAGAUACAUCUCCAGAAGGCAUUCUAUCUUCUUGGCUGUGCUAAAACGGACAUGCACCACAGUGUCUUCACCACCUGCCCACUUUUACUGCAAUAUGUGCCCAAACCUAUAGGUCGAGUAGGGGUAUUCCUGGAUUAUGAAGGUAGAAGCGUGACCUUUGUGAAUGUAGCAAAAAGUUCCCUUAUAUGUAGAAUUGCCUUUUGCUCUUUCUCUCCCCGUCUCAGGCCUAUCUUUUGCUGUAGUCACUUCUGA